AUGGCUCACUUAGAGCGCGAUGAAGCGCGCAAUAACCACGACAUCGACUCCGACCCUCCUUCUGAUGGGAAUCGCAAGCCCAGCAAAUUUGCUUUGAAAGAUCCCGCGUCGCGGCCGCCACUUUUUGUGGGCAUGAAGCAACGGCAAUAUGGUGGGGGUCGCAGUGACGGUUCCGGCGCUUCAGGCAUUCGAACAUCCGAAGAAGUAAUACGGGAUCAUAGGAGACAGAAGGAGGAGCGGAAGCAGCGAGCAGCUCUUCAGAUUGGCCUGACAGAAGCUUACAGGAGAACGGAUGAAAAUGGUGGAUUUAUACCCAAGACAAGCACGUCUACAGUCGCGACGACGGAUAAUAUGCGGGAUAUUGAGAGGAGUCCCAAGAGUCCGGAACGGGCGGCCGAGAGUCGCAUUCCUAGAUCGAGCGUAUAUUCUCCGCGUGGGAGGGCCAAUGCUGAGAAUCGAAUAUCAUCUAGUCCCCCGAGGGCUAAUGCGUAUUCGAGACCACGAUGGGAGAACAGAGAUACCCCCGCCCCGGCGGAUAGUGAGAGUGAUUCUACAGGACCUAGGGAAGGGAGUCCAAGUCCCGCCCCUGGAAUAAGGAACCGGAGGAGUAGAGAAGGAAGUGGCAGUCCUGCUGAGGGCCAGGGUAUUUCGAACGAGCGGAGAACCUCAGCUCAGCUAGAUCGAGACCAUCCUUCAAGAACGAUUGCCAAUACGAACCCAUUGUUUGUAAAAAACAAAACCCAGGAGACCACGUCGAUUUUUGCGGCGCGAAGAGGGGUUGGCCCCAAAGUCGCAGAAACUACGAAGACGCUGGAGAAGAAAACGAGCAUGAGCAGUCUUGACGAUGCGCCUGAGCACGCAGCAAGGGAAACCGGUACUAGAGUCGCGGAGACGACGAGGACACUUGCGCGGAGGACAAGUACAAGCAGUUUUGAGGAUACCCCAGAGCCUCCUAUCAGGGUACCAAGAGCAUGGGGCACAAGAGCAAAGAAUACCUCUGGCGCUAAAUGGAUGGCCAAAAUUUUGUCACCAGAUCCGUCCAUGGACAUGAAAGAUCUUCAGCUUGGUACAGGAGGAUACCAAUCCCAAACCCCCGACGCCCCUCUACCAACUAUUGAAGAUAUUUCCUCGCUCCAGGAACCCACGCCACCGUCGUCUCGCCCAACUUCGGCACAGCCAAAAACUGGAUCCCCAGAAAAGAGCAAAUUGUGGGAUGCUGACCUAGAUUUUACGGCACACUCACUACAAAUAUCUACGAGUCCCCAGCUUCGAGUGAGGAACACUAAGCUGGACGAGAUUCGCAAUCGGGAAAUACAGAGCUUAACAGCGCGAGCUCUAGCUUCUAACCGAUUGGAAGAGAUUAGAGAACGUAACUCCGAGGAGAGAUCGAUUCUCUCUGAUACUUCCCGAAUAAACGACGGAGAAUCAGCUCCAGCCCCCAAUCCGGGAGAGAACGAGGGAGCAGCAGGGGAUUUCCAUGAAAGGACUAUUAUUGAGGAAGAGGGCUAUCCGAUCCGCGGAACUCCCGUCACUGUAUUCCCCAGUGGUUCGUAUCGCCCUAGGAGUGGCAGUCGAUCAGGAAGCAAUGCGUCACUUCAGCGAGAAGAUUCCCUCGACACCUUGAGAGCGUUAUCGAGAGUACUCAGCGUCAGUCCUGCUCCGCCAGGUGCCGAGGAAGUCGAAAGAGCGAGUAGAAGUGAUAAAAGAUCUGCAAACCUGCACAGCGAAGAUCUAAGGGAGAAGCAAAUGGCGAAAGAUGAAUUCGAGGUAGAAAGGCCUUCUGACAAGCUGAAGGCAAAAGUCAGCGACGCAUCAACAAAACCUUUAUCAGAGACCAGAUCGGGGAGGCCAUUGGAAAGGAACUUGUCUGCUGGAAGAUUAUCAGAUAGGGACGCUGUGAAAGCGAAAAGAAAAUCGGUAGAAAUUGCGGCAGAAAAUCCUGGGCUUGAUAUAGACGUGGAUAUCAAGCGUCGGAGCAGAACAAAUAGCCCUCCAAAAUCUGACGCCGAUCCUGAAGAACGGAUCACGGCCGAGGCGAUGCUUUUCGAACUUCAAGACAACAAAUCCGAGAGAAACUCUAUUCGCGCAGUAUCCCCAUCGCCUCCAUCCUCAGAUGAUGGGAAGCUCGAUGAGACACCAAGACCGAAGAAGGCAGACCCUCUAUCCCGCCCCACGCCUAGGGUGACGGGUGCAUACAUUGAGACACCACUACCUACUGUGCGAAAAGUAAGGCACGUGCGUUCGAGCUCCCUUAGCAGCUCUCCUCUCGAAGAAGUCGACACUUCCGAUUUUGCAACUCAGCCCUCAGAGUAUAGACGCUCUCAAAGUACGUCUGGCAUCUCUGAUCCUUCAGAUAAGGGCCGGGCUGGUCCAGCGGGAAGUGCAUCAUCGCGACAACACACUUCAAAGCCACCUCCGGCCGCAGUACCGGGGCCUAGACGACGUCUGAUGAAUUCCGCAAAGCCAACUACCGCUGCACAAGAUCUUCGACGCCUCAAACAAGAAGGGAAUUAUGAAGAUUCUACAUUUGAAGAUUUAGGGGCUGUGAUCGAUGCAGGGACUAAAGCCGCGCAAGCUUCACAGGCCAAUGCAAACGCCCUUGGUACCCUGCCUGAUCUGGACUACGACGAGAGAGGCCGUCCCUUGUCGGAUAGUGAAAGGCAAAGAAGACUCCAAAGCUUAACCCUGGAUAAAAUGAACCAGCAUUUAAGGAACACAUCCUCUAGCAUCCGGGACGCUAGACAGGGUAUAGAACGCCUCGAACACCAGGUCUCUUCGACAACUUGGGAGAUGUCCCGGGAGAAGGAUGAUAAACUCUAUCUCAAGAUUCCGAUCCCCAGACUAUGGGUCCGCAAUCCCCCAUCUAAAAGCCCCAACCAGCCAAAAGGCAAACGAAACUGGAAGCUCACGUGGUUCGGGUUUAUCGUCCUUCUCUUCACUGGUUGGUAUGUUGCUGAAUCAGUAACGUGUAACAUAUACUGCCACCCCAAAUAUUCAACCCACAACAACUGGCACCCCUCCGAUCCCUUCUUCCCAUGGGCCAUCCCAACCAAACUCGACGCCUGGACCGGCGAAAUAUUCAGUCAGACUGCACACAAAGCAUUCAAGGGGAUAGAAGACUUCCUCGGCCCGCCACAACCAAAGAGGAAAAAGUAUAACAUGCCACUAGGCGCUUCGGAUUGGUGGCUGGGCAGAGACGGGCCUAUUGAGAUUAUGGCAGAUCCGGCAAGCGACGACCCGGGCUUUUUCAGCGAUGAGAUUUUGUAA